UUGCCCGUUUUCAAACUGUUUCUGUAGGAAGAUGACUGUUAAUUUCUGAUGUAGUCGUGAGAACUUUAUAAUAUUUUUGACAUGUUGGCAGCAAAACAUUAAAAGAGAAAUUUUCGGUUAACUUCCCGGAGAAUGGAGAUAGAAUGAUGUAGGUGUGAAGUUGAGUAUGUCAAGGAAGGGAGAGACAUACCCCAACCUCCGUUCCCGUAAACCCAAAAUGGUACCCUACGUUCAUUCCCAUGAUUCUCCAGUUUUAAUUGAUGAUGACAUAGACUCGGUUACCAGGAUAAAUCAUGCCAAGGACAUUCGUUAUGGAUCUGAGAAAUCUGGUCAAAGCUCAAGCGAAAGAAAAGCAACCAAUGGAGAAGUUAUAGCUGGUAGUCUUAUUGAAAUUGACGACAGCGGUGGGGGUGGUAGAGACUUAGAGACAGAAGCAGGUGACUUGGGUCUAGGAAGGAUUGCUCAGAAGUCUUAUUUGAACGACCGAGACCUAAGUGAGACUGCAGAGACUAGUUUUAUUGAAAAUGGAACAGACACUCAGCCACUGUUGGAGAGUAGUGAGUCCGGGGAUGAUGGGAUAGAUAUAGAGAUAGUAAGGACUGAAGACACUGGAGAAAGCUCAUUACAGAUCUGUCUGCAAGUAUCACUGCCAUAUAUUAUUGCAGGAUUUGGUAUGGUGCUUGCAGGAAUUGUCCUAGAUAUUGUUCAGCACUGGCCUGUGUUUGUGAAUGUUUCGGAGAUAUUUGUACUAGUACCCGCAUUGCUGGGACUAAAGGGUAACCUUGAGAUGACCCUUGCAUCAAGAUUGUCAACUCAGGCUCAUCUAGGAAACAUGGAUAAGAAGUCUGAGAAAUGGAAAAUGAUUGGAGGAAAUAUGGCACUGAUACAGGCCCAAGCUAUAGUUGUAGGUUUCCUGGCAUCUAUGGUUGCCAUGGUGAUGGGUUGGAUACCAGAGGGAAAGUUCAACCUUCAUCAUGCCCUCUUGUUGUGUGCCAGCAGUAUGUGUACUGCAGCCGUUGCCAGCUUUGUGCUAGGUUCGAUAAUGGUUGGUGUGGUUUUAUUGUCAAGAAAGUGCAACAUUAACCCAGAUAAUGUGGCCACACCUAUAGCAGCUAGUCUUGGUGACCUAACUACACUAGCCUUGUUAUCAGGAGUUGCCUGUUUAUUAUAUAAAUCUAUUGAUACUCAGCCAUGGAUAGCCCCUGUGAUGGUGACUUUAUUUAUUUUAUUGACUCCCUUGUGGAUCUAUAUAUCUCUACACAACCAUUAUACAAACCAUGUUGUUUAUUACGGCUGGGUACCAGUUCUCAGUGCAAUGUUUAUAAGCAGUGUUGGAGGGUUAAUAUUAGAUUUUACUGUAGCAAAUUACCAUGGCAUUGCUGUUUUUCAACCUGUGAUCAAUGGGGUGGGAGGAAACCUGGUAGCUGUGCAGGCUAGCCGUAUAUCUACAUCAUUACACAGGGUCAGUCGACCUGGCAAGCUGCCAAGUAAUGCAGUGCAAGGUUGUCCUAAUUGUCCAAGUGCCUUCUUUGGAAAAAAUAUUAAUGCAAGAGCCACCCGUGUUUUGUUAGGCCUAGUCAUUCCUGGUCAUCUGAUAUUUAUGUAUACCAUUUCCUUUAUGAAAGCUGGCCACACCAGUAUCACACCAAUAUUUUCUGUGAUGUAUCUCACUGCCGCUGUCUUACAGGUUGCUGUUUUGCUGUAUGUUGCAAACUGGAUUGUUCAUUUGAUCUGGCGCAAGGGAGACGACCCUGACAAUGUUGCAAUUCCAUAUUUAACUGCCCUUGGAGAUCUCCUAGGCACUGCUUUCCUUGCCAUUGCAUUCCAUAUUCUCUUCCUGAUUGGUGAUAAAGAUGCAGAUGUAGGCGACUGAUUUCUUGUUUUCUUUUAGUACUGACAUUCUUAAUAAAAGGAAGAUACAGGUUAAAUUGUGGAUACAAAAAAUAAAAACAAAAAAAUGACCUAUGGUGGUCGUGUAAGGAUAUAAUAAGAAAGUUGCUAUGGAUAGAUGCAAGUAAGCUGGUAGUCUUUUUUAAGUUCUCUUUCUUUCUACAACCUGUAAAUAUGACACUCGAUUUUUUAGCUGAAGUGAGUUUUUCUGAUCGCUCAAUGUCCGACGUCCGUCGUCUGUCGUCUGUCUGUCAACAUUUAGCUUGUGUAUGCGAUAGAGGCUGUAUUUUUCAACUGAUCUUCAUGAAAAUUGGUCAGAAUGAUUUCCUUGAUGAAAUCUAAGCCGAGUUUGAAAGUGGGUCAUCUGGGGUCAAAAACUAGGUCACUAGGUCAAAUCAAAGAAAAACCUUGUGUAUGCGAUAGAGGCUGUAUUUUUCAAUUAAUCUUCAUUAAAUUUGGUCAUAAUGAUUACCUUGAUGAAAUCUAGGCCGAGUUCGAAAAUGGAUCAUCUGGGAUCAAAAACUAGGUCACUAGGUCAAAUCAAAGAAAAACCUUGUGUAUGCGAUAGAGGCUGUAUUUUUCAAUUAAUCUUCAUGAUUUUUUGUCAGAAUGAUUACCUUGAUGAAAUCUAGGCCGAGAUCGAAAAUGGAUCAUCUGGGGUCAAAAACUAGGUCACUAGGUCAAAUCAAAGAAAAACCUUGUGUAUGCGAUAGAGGUUGUAUUUUUCAAUUAAUCUUCAUGAAUUUUGGUCAGAAUGAUUACCUUGAUGAAAUUUAGGCCGAGUACGAAAACGGGUUAUCUGGGAUCAAAAACUAGGUCAUUAGGUCAAAUCAAAGAAAAACCUUGUGUAUGUGAUAGAGGCUGUAUUUUUCAAUUAAUCUUGAUGAAUUUUGGUCAGAAUGAUUGCCUUGAUGAAAUCUAGGUCAAGUUCGAAUAUGGGUCCUCUGGGGUCAAGAAGUAGGUUACUACGUCAAAUCAAAGGAAAAGCUUGUAUAUGCAAUAGAAGCUGCAUUUUUCAAUUGAUCUUCCUGAAAUUAAGGCCAAAAUGAUAACCUUAAUGAAAUCUAGGCCGAGUUUGAAAAUGGAUCAUCUGGGGUCAAAAAGUAGGUCACUAGGUAAAAUCAAAGAAUAACCUUGUGUAUGCGAUAGAGGCUGUAUUUUUCAAUUGAUCUUCAUGAAAUUUGGUCAGAAUGAUAGUCUUGAUGAAAUCUAGGUCAAGUUCUAAUAUGGGUCUCGUGCUCUGGGGUCAAAAAUUAGGUCACAGGUCGAAUCAAAGAAAAUACUUAUUUAUACUCAAGAAUUUUGCUCCAGUUUUAAUGAUAAUUGGUCAGAAUAUUUAUUUCCAUGAAAUCACUAGGUCAAACAUGUUUACAACACUGUUAUGAUGUGUUUCUCAGGUGAGCAACUUAGGGCCAUCUUGGCCCUCUUGUUUCAAUUUGUCUCAUAUUUUCACAAUAUCAGAUCAAUUUUUUUUGGCAAGUUUUCAGCAAAAUGUUUCAGAUAGAUCCAUAAGAAAGACCUGUAUCUUCUCUUUAUCUGUUUUGUAUAUAGAGUGCUUAUUUCAUUGAAAUUGAACCACUGUUAUAAUUUACAAAAAGCCAAAAGCCUUAAAAAAAACAUAUGUAAUCUUUUCGAACAUCAGUUAAUGUUGUAGUAGUAGUUUGGUGCUUACAAUGAUACAGAAUCUGAAUUUAUAUGAUAUUUCUUUAAUGAAAUGGAUGUACAUCUCAACAAUUUUGCUCUAUAUUCAGUUAUAAUACAGGUAAGUUAUACGAGGGCACUUAUAUUAACUUUUAAGUUUACAGGGUAACAGUAUAAUGUUGGAUAAUUUUGAAAUUUUCAUUGAUUUGCUGUACCACAGGAUCAAUUGCAAAUCCCGAUGCUGAUAUCCAAAGAUUUCACUUUUGUUUGAGCAUAAAAGUUGAACUGGUGUUUUGGAUAACUGAUUAUAUUUUUUUCUCAAAUGUUCCCAAAACUGCUUGGGAUUGUUAAUGGUGACUUUGACAUACUUUUCAUUUUUCCUAGUACUGAAAUUAUUUUUAUUUUUCCUUAUAAUAAAACAGAUAUAUUUUGACUUUCCUUGUAUGAAACAGUCUAACCUCUGGGACUUUUGAUAACUAGCUUUAUUAUAUUCUUUACUCUGUUUUAGUGAGUGUUUUCAUUGUAUAAUGUAGGCAUUGUGCUUCAUAUAAGCACACACGCACUCUCAUACACAUGCACACACUGCUUUUUCAAGUUUUUAUUUAAAAAAUAACUAUUAGUUGUUUAAAUUCUUGAAGUUUUUGUAAUUUUGUAGUAAAUGUAGACUCAUUUUUAAUUUUGCUGUGUAUAAUGACCAAAAUUUCUGCAAAAUAAAAAGUUGCUUUCCUUUUCAAAAUUAUCUUUCUUUAGAAUACAGUGCAUUCGCGAUGCUACGAAUCGCAAUUUAACGAAAUACCGGUAUACUACGAAAAGGUGUUGUGGUCCCGGCUGCUUUCCUUCUUAUUUCUAUGUAACAAAGUCGCGGUUUUACGAAAAUGCAAUUGUACGAAAAAUGCGCUCCUACAAAUGUAUUGUUAUCCCCUUGAAGCCUGUUUUCAACUUGUUUUAGUUGCGAUUUUACGAAUGUAUCAUCUAAGUUUUCACACCUUCCAUAACGGCAUGAAAAUGCUUUAGAGUGGAAGGUGUCACUAUCAUUUAGCUGGGCGUAAACAGUGAUUAAAGUGUGAAAACUUAGUAAUUAAAUUCAAAACACAUACGCUGUACACUAUGACACAAGUUAGUGGUAAUUUUUUUCUUCUAUAACUAUCCGAUCGGAUGGCAUAUAAGACACACUUGCUUCGAUAUCUAUACGUCUCAAAGAAUAAAGAAAAUAAAACAAUAUUUAAGGCUGAUCAUCUGUAUAUUGUUGUUUUAUUAUACCAAACAAUUCAGUAAAGGGUAGCUGAGGGUAUCGGAAUAUGCAACUGCCAAUUUUUUUUUCUUUUGCAACAAUGUACCCUGUAUAUGUUUUAUGUACAGUGAAUAAAAAGUGAAGAAAAAAAACAACCCGUUCUACAUUCUACAUACCAUCUGAGAUUAGAUUCGAAUAAGAUUUGUAGUAAACCCAGAUGUACCGGUACAUAUAAAAUUGGUAUACAUGUACUCCGAUACGAAAAUCACAUGUAUAAUAUCACGAGUUACGACGUGUAGACAUUAAGGUGCUGUAUAGCGAAAUUUCCUAUGCUACGCUUGAACGAAAAUGCGAUAUUACGAAAAAAACUGCCAGUCCCUUGGCUUUUCGUAGGAUCGUGAUUGUACUGUAUUUACAUUGUUUUUGGUCAUGAAAGUAGUUUACAGAUUAUUGUGGUAGGAAAACUAAGAUCUACAGCAACCAAAAAGAUGAUAACAAUUUUAAUGUUCUUUUGGAAACUUUGGUUCAUGUUAUGGUUUUGACUUAAAGAGAAUAAUAGUUUUUAUUUGUUUGAUGCUCAAUGGGCAUUUUAUUUCAGGGUUUAGUUUACUGACAAUUUAUACUGUUUAAUUAAAGUACUUGUUAGUCCUGGGGAACACAUUUUAAGACCAGGUACUCUACCAUUUCUUUCUGAGUUCCAUUAAUAAUACCGAAUUCUUGAUUGUUUUAUAAAAACUUGAGACUUAUCAUUAUAUAGUAAUUUCAUGAAGAAAGGUAGUAUUUGUUGAAUUGAUUGAGAACUUGAUUUAGUUUAUAAGACUGGAUGAUCAGUUAAGAAACCUUAGAUUCUGGUCUGAUUGAAUACACAACCCCUAGAUAGACACAAGUACUUAUAUUUAUCUCAGCUGUAAAUCUUAUAUGCUUUAAGAGUUCUUCAGAAUUGAGCUGAAACGGAAUGAAAUGAAAUGAAGAAAGUCUGUCUCUGUUUGUUUCUACUUCUGAAUUGUAUUUAGAAAUUAGGCUAUUCAAAAUCAAGUUAAAUAGUAAUUUCUGCAAAUGAUUUAUCUGAAACUGUUUAGUGUUUAAAAGUUUAACUUUCAUUUCAAAUUGACCAAACACUGUUUAUAUCUUGAUAGAUACUGUAAUGGUGGUUUUGGAAAUGGUAUUGUGUCAUAAGUUAUGUCAAAAGACAGUGGUCUUUGGCAGUAAGCUGAUGAUACUGGUGAACGACAGCAUUUCCAUACGUCUAUACAUCAACAACUGGAUACCGCCGGUAUUUUUUACUUAAUUGUGACGGGUAUACUUACCAUAACAACCUGUGAGUGAAGGUGCAUUUCAUAUUAUUUGCUUUAUGGUCAAAUGAGAUAAUUUUCAUAUUGACCAGGAAAUGGUAAAUGUUUGCUAUUUCGGUUAAUGCAGUAUUUAAAUAUGUAUCCUUGCACAAUUUUUUAAUAUUUGUUUUGAUAAUGCAGGCUUUACAAAAUUGUUGACAGAUUGCCUGACAUUUUGUCAGAGAAACAAAUAUUGUCAGACAGAAAGUAAUAAAAUUGUCUCACUGAAAUUUUCAAUAUUCAUAAAAUGUUAUAGCCAUAUCCGAAAUACAGAGGUCGAAAUUAGAUGCUAAACUGAAAAAUCAAAACAUUUCUUUUUUUUCUCAUGAGAAAACACUUGACCAAUUUUGUUUGCUAUUUUUGUAUCAAUUUUGCCUGAUAUCCAGUCUGGGACCUUGAAAAAGUGUCCAGACCUGCUGACAAAUUGGCCUGACAUGUCUAACUGUCAAAGAACUUUGAUAAAGCCUGAUGGUGGUGGAAAAGAGAACUGAAUUAAUAAUUUUCUAUUCGUGUUCGAGUUAUCACAAUAUGCCUGAUAGUAUUUGCAGAAAGUUUUGCUUAUUCAGCAUUUUCCAACUGUAAUAUAUACAUACAUUUAGUACCAAAGAAAGCUUUGAAAGCUUGCAAGUUUGAAACAUUUCUAAUGCUUUAUUGAUUCUGAAGACUAAUACUGGUAUAAAUGUUUCAUUAUAAAAAGCAGAUUUUUCUUUUGGAAAAUUCAUGGUGUUGGAAAUGGAUAGUUUUAAGUUACAAAGUCAUAUUAAUUACUGUAGUGGUAAAUGGGAAUAUUAAAGCCUUGUGGAUGCGGUAUACAAACAAAUUCAGGGAAGAGUAUUAAUGUAGCUUUAGAACUAUUAGAAUGUUAUUGAGAUGGAUAUAACUGCAUGUUUCUGCUAUCUUUGUUUAUUACAUGACUCUUUAUGGCCAGUCCAUAGUUUGUGCUAUAUGGCCACGAUAUCCAUCACAAGUUUGCCAGGUUUAAAGUCAAAAUCUGAAGAAAAAAAACUAGAUUAAAACUAGUGUGAAAAAUUAUUUCUGGUGUCGUGUAAUAAAAAACUUAAUUGAAUGGCUUGCAUAUUUUGUUCACUGAAUUAUAGAUAUAUAUUUAUUAUCAAUUGCAUAAACAUUUACUGAGUAAAUUCAUCUGCUCACUAUGUAAUCCAUAGAAGUGUGGUUGUCUUUUUAAGGUGAUAUUUUAUGGUGGAAAAAAUAAGGAUAUAGAAACAUAAGUACGUUUCUACCAUAAAAAUAUCUUAAAAUGUGAUAAAGUCGCAGAUAAAUUUAGUACUACAGCAAUAUUUAUUGAUUACUGUUUGGUCCACCAUAUCUGUAACAGAUAUUUGGUGAAUUGUGGGUAUGAACUACAUAUCAUUCUGAAGGCCUUCUAGAUUAGUUGUAGAAUCUUUCAGAAUUUUUAAAAAAUAUUAAAUAAUGUCUGUUUACUUGACAGAAAUAUAUUUUUCCCAAUGCAAACAUCAGACAAAAUCACAUUUCCCCAAAAAAUUUUUUUUAGAUUUUACAAAAAUGUUGCAUUGAAAUAUUGCAGUUGUGCUAAUUAAGAUGUCCUGAAAGUUUUACAACAAUCCAUUUUCAAAGAAAGUCAAAAUUUAUUUUUUUAAGACUUUGGUGUCAAAAACGGCUGAAAUUUACCAUGGAAAAUACCCUUAAUCAGAAUUGUUCUUUAUAAAUUCUAAACUGAUAAAAAUGUUUCAAAAAUCAAAAAAAAUUCAUAUUACCCUCCUCAGAAUGCCUUGAAGUGAUACACAAUCUCAGUGGAAUUGUCUUACUUUUACCUUUAAACCACUGGCAGCAAGUGAUUCUGCCUUUUGCGACCAGUGCAGAUCAUGAUCAGCCUGUACAUCCAUGCAGUCUGAUCAUGAUCUACACUGUUCGCUAUUCUGUCAGUAUCUUUUUGGUAAGCACCCUCUUUAACAGUUAAUGGUACUAUCCAAAUUGAAAUAUGGACAAGUUCAUUAUAGAAAUUUAGCAGGGUAAAAGUUAAAGAGAAGUCUAGGCAAAACACUGUUACAGAAUAUUGGGAGCAAACAGUAGGUAUAUUCAAAGCAUAUAAAUAGUUAGCUAUUAUUAUGAUAAAAAAUGCUAAUAAAAAUAUCUAAUUAUAGCAAUAUCUGUGAAGUCUUUCUCGUGCUAUAUUUUCUGGUUUCUUUGUAUAUCUGUAGAAGUGGUUUAACUUAAUAUUUGUUUUAUUUCUUGUUGCUCAUUGUAAUGUUUUAUUUUAUGAAAUACUCAUUUUUGCUUCAGAUAAAGGUUAGAAAUCAGGGGCAUAGAUAAUAACAGUCAGUCUUAGUAUAUUGGACUAGUAUAGUGUAGUACAUCAGUACAGUGAUGUUUUAGUACUCUUUAUCUUAGCUUACUAUUACUUUUCUGUUAAAAUAUGCACAAUUAAUGUGUAAAAACUAUUAGAAAAGAAAAGAAGAUAGAAAUUUGACUGAAAAUAAUUGUAUUUGAAUUUAAAAAUAUGUUUUUAUUUGAAGUAUGAUCAGGGUGAAUGUGUACAUAUUAUACUUGAUGCAUACAUGUAUAUUACAUGUGAUUUUAAUUCUCUUGUACUUUGACAUUUUUUAUGAUUUUCAUGACUUUAAAAUACAAGAUAUUUGUCACAGAGAUACUUAUUUUUUGAGUAAUGUUAUUUCUGUUUUUAGAAUGCCUUGUGAAAGAGUAUUAAUAGUUAUAGAAAAAUAUGUAAAAAAUAUGUAAACUUUGCAAGUAUUAAAGUAAAAUUUUAUUUGUCAAGUUAUUUUAAGAAGUUGCAAACAAAUACAUGACAUGCCUCAUUUUCACUGUACAAAAGUGCUGUCAUUCAGAAAUGUUUGAGAAAUAGUGUUCAAGUGGAUGAAAAUUAACAUAUGAGCCACGCCAUGAGAAAACCAACAUAGUGUGUUUGCGACCAGCAUGGAUCCCGACCAGCCUGCGCAUCUGCGCAGUCUGGUCAGGAUCCAUGCUGUUUGCUAACAGUGCCUCUGAUUGCAUCAGGCUUUGAAAGUGAUCAGCAUGGAUCCUGACCAGACUGGUUUUCUCAUGGCACGGCUCAUAUGGCUCAUAUUUUUGCACUUGCGAGUAUGUUAUGAAACCUUUUCUUCAGAGCAAUGAAAUAUACAGUUGAAACUCAGUAUCUCGAUUUCCAAGGGAUUGGGCAUUAUACUUCUAGAUAAUCAGAUUUCAACUUAAAAGGAUAUUUUGUGCAUGUGUUUUCAGGACGGGACUUGAAAAUUA